AUGUGGCCAGCACGAGACCAUGUGUCCCUUACGAGGCCCUGUGGCCCUCACGAGACCACGUGGCCAGCACGAGACCACGGGGCCCUCACGAGACCACGUGACUCUGACGAGACCAUGUGGCUCUCACGAGACCACGUGACUCUCACGAGACCACGUAGCCCUCUCGAGACCACGUGCCCAGCACGAGACUACGUGGCUCUCACGAGACCACGUGGCCCUCACGAGACCAUGUGGCUCUCACGAGACCACGCGGCCCUCACCAGACCGCUUGGCUCUCACGAGACCACGUGGCCCUCUCGAGACUACGUGACCACGUGGCCCUCAUGUAACCAUGUGGCCAACACGAGACCAUAUGGCCCUCCUGAUACCACGUGGCCUUCACUAGACCACGUGGCCAACACGAGACCACGUGGCCCUCACGAGACCACGUGCCCUUCACGGAACUACGUGGCCCUCACGAGACCACGUGGCCCCUCACGAGAACACGUGGCUUUCACGAGACCACGUGGCCCCUCACGAGAACACGUGGCUUUCACGAGACCACGUGGCCCCUCACGAGAACACGUGGCUUUCACGAGACCACGCGGCCCUCACGAGACCACAUUGUCUUUACAGGACUACGUGGCCCUCAUGAGAUCACGUGGCCAUAAUCAGGUUAAUCAAGUCAUGUUAAUGUAG